CAAUAUGUCAAAAGACUGCAACUGUGAAAGUAAAACUGUGAACACCUGUGUAACACCAACCUAUUUAACAAAGACUGGGUGGACACUAGAAAUUCGAACUAUUUGUUUUCAAACUAUAGCUGGCUUGAUCUCAGUCUAGGAUAAAUAGAUGCAUCGAUAAGACCUAUUUGGCACAUUAGAAACAUUCUUUUAGUUACAGAAAGAGUCAACAUGUCUCGAGCUGGACUGAUGCAGGAGCCCAUGUGUUUGGUGAAGAACGUGUGUGGAUCUCUCGAAGUUUGUAAAGACGCUAUUGAGGUUUUGCAUGGGAUCAAUGAGACGGUGGUGGUUGUGUCUAUUGUAGGACUCUAUCGUACUGGAAAGUCUUAUCUAAUGAACCGUCUAGCAGGACAAAAGACAGGCUUUGCUCUUGGUAACACGAUUGAAUCGAAAACCAAAGGUAUCUGGAUGUGGUGUGUCCCUCAUCCAUCUAUACCAGGACACACUCUGGUGCUGCUGGACACUGAAGGACUGGGAGAUGUAGAGAAAGGAGACUCUCAGAAUGACGGCUGGAUCUUCUGUCUGGCGGUUUUGCUCAGCAGCACUCUGGUGUACAACGGCAAAGGAGUCAUUGAUAAUGAUGCAGUGGAAAAGCUCCACUACGUUACCGAGCUCGCCGAGCUGAUCAAGAUCAGAUCACCAUCAGCAGGAGCAGAUGAAGAGGAGGAAGUUGAAGAUUCUGAGUUUGUGUGUUUUUUCCCAUCAUUUGUAUGGGCUGUUAGAGAUUUCACAUUGGAAUUGGUCAUUAAUGGAAAGAAAGUUACAGAGGACGAAUACCUCGACUUUGCCCUACAGCUGAAGAAAGGUUUGACAAAGAAAGUCAGUGAAUACAACUUGCCUCGUGAAUGUAUCCGGAGAUAUUUCCCAUCCCGGAAGUGUUUCGUGUUCCCAUCUCCGACCUCAUCAGAGAACAUGACGCAUUUAGAGAGCCUUCAAGAGCAGGACCUUGCGCCAGGAUUUCUAGAGGCCACAGAUCAUUUCUGUGAAUACAUCUUUGUCAAAAGUGAUGUGAAAAAACUGAAAGGGGGUCGGAGAGUUACUGGAAAAAUGCUCGGUCAACUGGCUCAGAUUUAUGUAGACACAAUCAGCAGUGGUAAUGUGGCCUGUCUGGACAAUGCAGUGGUUACUCUUGCAAAUUUGGAGAACCAGGCAGCUGUUGAAGAAGCUUUACAAGUGUAUAAGAAUGGGAUGAAAGAGGUGAAGUUCCCUGUAAGUGUGUAUGACUUUACCUCAAAGCAUCAGAAGUCCAGAAGUCUGGCCACCUUUAAAUUCAUGGAACGCUCAUUUGAAGACAAUAAAGGAGAAUACCUGAAGAAACUGGUGGAAGCAAUAAAUGUUUGCUGUGAAACUCUGAUGGAAGAGAAUGAGAUGACAUCAGAGAAAAAGUGCAGAGAGCUGCUGAAAGAUCUGUCUCUUGAUAUGACUGAACGACUGAAGAAUGGAGAAUACAUUAAGUGUGGAGGAUAUGAAGUCUACAGCAGUGACAGAGACGCCAUCAUUACAAAGUACCACAGAGAACCAAACAAAGGAGUCAUGGCUGAAGCUGUGCUGAAUGAGUUUUUAAAUGAGAGAGGACCUGAAGCAAACAGCAUCCUUCAGGCUGAUAAAAAGCUCACUGAAAACGACAGAAAGAUCCAAGAGGAGAAAGAGAAGGCGGCUCUGCUGGAACAGAAGCGUAGAAAGGAAGAGGAGAAACAAACUGAAAGUCACCAAAUGAUGCAGGCUGAGAAAGAGCGCAUGGAAGAGCUAAUGAGGCAGAUAAAGGAGAAGUUCAACAAGGAGAUGGAGGAACAGCGAGAGGAGUUGCAUAGAGCUCUGGACAGCAAACUGAGGGAGCAGGAAGCACUUCAAAACAAAGGCUUUAAGGAGAAAGCUGAACACAUUGAGGAAGAGAGAAAAAAUCUAGAGGAACAACAUGAGGAGAAAAAUGACUUUAAGAAUACAGCCUAUAAAAUGUGUUGUGAUGUUGCUAAAGGGGUACUUGCAAAUGGUCUUCAAAUGCAGAUAAUGAAAAUGUGUGGAUAUACAAAUUUGUCUUCUUCUCCGGCAGCAGAUGAUUUGUUAACUGUCUUUAUAAAAACAGUUGGCCAAAAGGUGUAUCAAACAUUUCAGGAAGCAUCAUCAAAGGAUUAGUCUUGUGCAAUUCGUUUUACGGCAUAACACGGUUUCAUGCAGGCGUUUAAAUAAAUAUAUUGUGCUUCAACCAAUAU